AUGGCGACUCCCCAAACCAUUUUCCGUCUCGCUUUCUCCCGCGCAUCGCCCGGAUCUGCCUCCGAAAUCGCCGGAACCGCGCUCCGAUGCUUCGCCGCAAAGGCCGGAGGCGAGAAAGCGGCGUCAGCUGGAAAGGCGGGAGGCGAGAAGCCGAAGGCGACGCGGAAACCCAAGGAUGACAGUCCUAAGCGACCUAUGUCGGCGUAUAUAGUCUUUGCGACUCAUGAGCGACCUAAAGUGAUUCGCGAGAAGCCCGACAUAGCUUUCGCCGAUGUGGGCAGGGUCAUUGGCGAACGGUGGCGAAACCUAGCAGCUGGUGACAAGGUAAAGUACGAGCAACUGUCUCAGAAGGACAAGGUGCGCUAUGCUGCUGAGCUGGAGGCCUACAACAAGGCUAAGGCUGCAGAGAAAUAG